AGGACCUUGACUCUUUGGAGUUGACGGGUUCCGUGGAUCUAUCAGCCUACAAGGUGUGGUCCCUCCCGAGGACCUCUAGUGGGAACUCAAUAACCACGGUUCAGCUUGUGUUUACUCUCGAUGUAUCCAUCGCCGUCAUUAUAACAACAACAACAACAAGAAUUAUCCCUCCCUUUUCCAUUAUUUAAUCCUUUCGCUCUUUUUCUUUUUUGAUAUAUACAUACAUAUACUGUCUAUAAAUAUAAUAUCUGCAUAUAAAGCAAGGGAGAAGAGAACGCCAAAAAGAAAAGCAAAAAGGAAACAAGGAAAAGAGAAGUGUCCAUAAUUCACCGUUCCCCAUCCAUCCAAUCCCCACAUGUCUUUCUCUUUCUGUCCCCCCUGAUUCUUGCCCUGAUUAAUCGAAGACAAUGCUAAAGGCCCUUUUGGGCGGGGGCAAGUCGUCCUCCUCGGACGUCCGCAGAAGCUCCAGUUCCAGAUCCUCCCGUCGCGGCGAGCACAGAUCUUCGCACUCCGCUGUCUCUACUUCUAGUCGCAAGUCCAGGUCCUCACGGGGUGACGACCGUGAUCGUGGUCUGGGCGAUUUGGAGACCAGCUCUUCUUUCGCUAGCCGGGGCGGCUAUCCUUCCAGCAUUGCGGACGAGUCUGUCGCGUCUACCUACUUGACCGCACAAUCGGGACGAGUACCGUUCGAGAGGAGGUCAAGAGACAGGGAUGAUCUAGACGGUCGUUAUCGUUACGCUUCGUUCCCAGAAACAUACGAUCCGGAUGCUAAAGGCACGCGCCCGCGCCCGCGCGCCCAGAAUGGUGGGGAAGAACGACUGGAGAGGAGACGGGAGAGGACGCGAGCCGGAGACGAUGAUUAUGGGUUAGACCGUCGAGACAGUGAUAGAAUGCGCAAGGAAAGGCGACGUACCCAGUCUGGCGAUAUGUACCCGCCAACAUCUGGCCCGCAGUACGGCAAUAGCCCUACGCUUGCUGCUUCCCAACCUCCCCCAUCGCCUGGGCCCUCCGCGCCCUAUGAUCCCCAUCUCCAGCAGCAGUUCCCGGGCCAGAUGUCAGACUUCACCACCCCGCCAUACCUACCGGAGAACCCGGCGGCGGCUGCCGACUACUAUGGUGACCAAGGCGAGUCGGUGUCAGCGCAACCGGGAGUGCGUCCCAAUCCUCCAACGGUCAUCCCUAAUAGCCAAGCGCACCUCACCACGGCCUCUGUCACUCCCAAUCCACCACCUGAACCGAGUAGCAUGGGGCAGGUUGGUGCUGCCGCCGAUUAUUAUAGUGAAGGCGCGAAUCCUGGACAACUGCCACCAGGGCAACCAAGCCCGUCAGCUCAGCCUCCCCGGCCACCAGCCCCUGGUAAACCUAGCCAACCCGCACAGGGUUCAGGAUUCAUCGCUCCCGCCGCGGCAGCUGCAGCGGCCACGUACGGGGUUGGAAACAUUGCCUCUUAUGCAGGCGCUAACCCUCCUCCCGUGUCUGCUCCUGGUGGCCCUCCUUCCCUGGGACCGGGACCGGGACCUGGCCCUAGUUCAGGCCUUCCUCCCGUUGCAGUUUCUAGUUACGGCGUUGGAAGCAACUCUGCGUCUCCUCCCGUAUCUUCUGGGCCCCCACCCCCGUCCCAAACUCAGUCUAGCAUUACAGGGAAACCCCCGCAUUCCUAUGGCAUAUCUCCCGCACUGGGUGCUGCAGCAGCCACUGCAGCAGCUGGCUAUAUCAUCGGACAUCACCACGAGGAAUCUUCGUCUAGUCACAGUAGCCAGUCGCAUUCCAACGCUACAGGUUACGGACAGUUUUCCCAUGGUGGACCGAAUGCCGGCGGUUCAACCUACGUUGGCUCAACCUAUGGCGCCAAUCCCAACACAGCCAUGUUAGCAGCCGGCGCUGCAGGAGCCGCAGGAUAUGCAACUACCCAGGCGGCGCAGACAAGCAAUACCUAUUAUGGAGCCUCUUAUCCCGGGCCUGCGUAUCAGUCGGGUCCACUCGCCUUUCAGCGACGGCAGCGUGGCCCUUUGUCCAAGUUUAUAGAUUUCUGGAGAGAUCCAGAGGGUGUUGGCCAGUUUGAAGAUUACACGGAGACAAUUGGAGUAUGCAGAGACUGUUUCGAGCCUGGAACAACUUCUCGAGAUGCGCCCCGUAAACAUCACUACCGGUCGCGCCGCUACUCCGUAGAUCGCUACAGCAGCAGCGGCAGUUCAAGAAUUGGAAAGUCAAGCCGAUACGAAUAUGCAUCUUCAGGAGAAGAAGGGCGACGCCGAAAGUCGUCUAAGAGAAAGUCGUGGCUGACCGGAAUGCUAGCUGGUUAUGCCGCUAAAUCUGUCCUGGGCAAAGAUGAUGACGAUCGUGGCAUCUCUAGUUCCCGCCCCGAUCGAGUAUCUGGCUCGAGGUAUUCGUCAUAUGAUAGUGAAAGUCUCUCGACGUUGGACCGGCGGGAUUUCAAUUCCCGUCCUGGCUAUGCCCCUUCUCGUGCCAGUCGGUCGUCUGGUCGUACAAGCCAUGACUAUUAUUCUGAUGCCACCAAAUAUUCUGAUACGGAAAUCCGAUCCUCGUCCGGAGUCGAAUCUCGUUCUGUCCGUAAGGGGACGGAUCUAAACGUCGUUGCGGGUUCAGCCGCACUUGCAGCGGCCGAGUCUCAUCGUCGUAACCGGUCCCCAAAGAAGGUUCGUCGCAGAAAGGGCUCGUCAUCGUCUGAUUCGUUGUCUGUUAGUGCUUCCAGACGUAAGCGGGGCAGUUCGAGAAGCAUGGUUAGCAGUUCCGGAUUUGGCUCGUUCUUCACGACACCGUCCGACAACCGGAAGAAGCGCCGCUCAAAGAAGCGUGGAGGUUUCUUCUUUGCCAGAAACAAUUCUUCCUCUUCGUCUGUUGAUGCUGACUUGGCCUUUGGAAGCGAACUUUCCCCAAAGCGAUCAGGGACGUCCAAGAAGCGCAGGAGUGGCCAUGACGUCGAUGCAGCUCUCAUUGGGUUAGGCGCUGCUGGGACGGCGCUGGCGGCGUCUUCUGUUAGCCGAAGGCGACGGACCGGCGAAGUUCUCGCUAAGAGAGAUGCCCGCUCCCAACGAAGCUCCGUUUCAGGUUCAGAUGAUGAUUGGGAGGAUGCCGACUCAGACCGGUCUUCCUCUAGUGUCAGCUCAGGUCUAGCAUUUGGAGAAAACGGGGUCUUUGGCAGCGGCGACUCGUUAUCCUCUUCCGCCUCGGGCACAUCAAGAUGGAGCUGGCGGUGGAGAAGUAAAAAGAACAAGAACGAUCGACGACAAUCGUCUGAUGACUAUCUUCCUGCUGGAGCUGUAGCGGCGGCAGGUGCGAUAGGUGGUGCUGCAUUAGCCUCUGUGUACGACCGGGAUAGGCGUGCAGAGGCACGCGAGGAGGCGCGAAAAGAUACCGGCGACCUUCAACACGUUUUCCCCGUUCCAACCUCUGAUCCUACUCGCUUUGAUGUCGCCAAGCUGUCGUCUUCAUCAUCCUCCGGCGGUCAGCCCCCUCUUGUUCGGCCUGGAGCAAUUCCGCUUCAGCAGCCGCAGCCUGUGUCUCCCGUUUCUCCAGCUGUAUACUAUACACAACCGGAAGUGCAACAUGCCCAGAGCGCGCCAGUUGUCCCUGUAGUACCGUCCGAAUCUGUUUUUCAGCGCUAUGACUACCGGCCUCGAGAUUCGCGUACGGAAUACCUGAACCAAAGCCAGCGGUCGACUUAUCCAGAUCGCCGAGAUAUAAUUUCUGGUUCUGAUUUGGACCGGAUUUAUCGAGGAGAUGGAUCAUCUGUGGGAUUUCCCACAAGCUCACAACUGGGAGCCUACGCCUCUAGUCUCAAGCGCAGUUCCGCCGGUAGUAAGGAACCGGCCACUGUACAAUUCGAUCUGACUAAGGAGCAGGAAGAGAAACAGCGCCGGGCAGAACGUCGUGAAAGACGUAGAAGGCAGGAUAUCGACCUGAAUGAACGGCCGCAACUACUACUGGUUGAUAGGGAGCAAGAGGCGCUCGAUAGGGAACGAGAACUGGAGGAGAAGCGGAAACUACUUUUGCUUCAAAAAGAACAAGAAUUACAGGCAAAAGAACGUGAACUGGCGCGUCGAGAGGCUGAACUGCAAGCAAGAAUUCUCCGGGAAAAAGAGGAAGAGGCGAGCCGCGUAAGACAGGAAGCCUUUUAUGAUCCGUUCAGUCAACCACCCACAUGGCUCAGAAGGAAGGAUGAGCAGGUCGAAAGUCCCAAAUCGGGCCCGGUAGUCUGUGAGCCUCCCCAGGAAGAUAAGGGCAAGACCAAAGCAUCCUCCGAGUUACCUGGAUUAGGUACGGCGGCAAUAGCAGCGGCAGCCGGCGCGAUAGGUACCACUGCUGUCUCCUCAGAACUCUCCGGCAGAAUUCCAGACGACACUGUUGAGAGAGACAGCCAACGGCGACACGAAGAGCGGCGAGAGAAGCGUCGUGCAGAGAGGCGUAAGCGCUAUGCGUCAGACCUUGGCUCUGAGGUAACCAGCUCAUCCAGGUCCGAAGAACCAUCUAAGGUUGCCGUGCCUCCCACCCCAGUGCCGGAGGAACCAUCGCAUGUGAAAACUUCAGUGUUCCGUGUCGUUUCUAACACGAAGCCUGUAUAUGAUGAUUACGCAUCAUUCUUUGCCCCGGAGGAGCUACGGCAUGAUCCCACUAUUCGCACGCCUCGCCAUAGUGAUGGUUCUGCCGUCGUUCCCGCUGUUUUCGAAAUUGAACCGGCGAGCGAGAGCUUCGCUCGCAGAAUGCUUCCAUCAACAGAGCCCACUCAGGAUUAUGGACGUCAUCCAUGGCCCGUUCCUCAACUGAUCCUUAUUCCGCCUACCCCUUCGGAGCACUCAGUUGACGACUCCUCGGCGUCAACUCGUCAAGAGUCAGCCAGCGAGGAAGUCGAGCUGACGAAAUCUGUCGAUCACUCGACAACUGGCUGUCGAGUAUCUUGGGGCAAGCACCACACCCAUGAAUAUGAGGUACAAUCGUCAGCUUCCGAAGCGGAUCGCGGUGAAGAUACUACUGCGAAUGCACCAGAGUCGACAGAGCGUGUUAACCAGCCUGAAGAGCCUCUUACGAUAUACUCCCAUGACACCUCGGUGACUGAUGUGCAUGACGAAGGUCACCUAGUUCAUGACCACGAUAUUGAGUUCGAGUCCAUCCUCGGCGUCACGACUGCCGCUGCAGGUUUUGAUCCUGAAAUCGUCAAUCAAACUUACCGUGCUGCAACAAGCUCCCCGUUUCAGGCUCAGGUAAUCUUUGAGCAACCGCCAUGGGUUCAAUUCGGCCCUCAUAGCAAUGAAACUCAUGGGUUUGUUGAAGGCGAAGUCGAGACGUCUGGCGAUUCGGAUGAGGAAACCAAGAAAAAAUCAUCAAAGGAAAAUCUCCAUCCGGAAGCCAAACGGGAACCCAUUGAAAACAUCGAGCCUGAACGAGAUGCUAAGGAAACAUUAUUACUGGAGACAGAUGUCAACGAGCAUACUCCUGAGACUUUUGCUACGCAGAAUGCUUCAGGGUCCAGCGAAGGCCAUAUUAUUUCCAUGCCUGGAAGCUUUGAAGGAGAAUUUUCGGAGGAAUCUAAGGCGUAUGAUGACUCCCGUGCCUCGAAACGCAAUGUCGAGGAAACCCAAGACACAGCCGCCUCAGCUAUCGUUGGUGCCAAUGGCGUGGAUGAUGAACAGGGAUCUAUGACCUCCGCACCAGCCAGGAUACAAGAGAGCGCCAAGGAUAUCGGCGCGAAGGACUUUAUGGAAAAGGAGAAAUCAGAGACGGCGAAGGGUUAUGAUGGUUUAAUCUCCUCGGUUGGCAAACCCACGCUACGCGAAGUACAAUCCGAGGCUGGGGCUGAGACAUCGGAGUCGAGACGUCGGCGUCAGGAUUCACCCUCAAAACGUCGCAGUUCUAGCGGUCGUGAUUUAUACCAAGAUAAUGAUAGGACUGGAGGCAAAGAUGAGGAUAAGAUUGCAGGCUACGAAUCUCGAAGGCGACGAGAGCGUUCAGGGAGUAUGGGAUCUAGGAAAAUGAUGGACUACGUGAAGGACCGUUCAGUAUCAGACGAAGCGCAUGCUGCAGAGCCCCCCCUAGAGAAGAACCCCGAAGUCCCAGAGUCAGCUAUAGGAGUCGACCAUGAUGCGUCGGAACGUCCCUUGGCGGAUGUCGCAGCUGCAGCUUUGGGAUUGGGAAUACAUGCCCUCUCUCAAGAACAGCCCGAGAGUCGUUCGAGAUCACCUUUUGUAUCUGAAAAGACUGUCAAAUCACCAAAGAAAAUGGCUUCGCCUGAGUUACGCCAAGAACUCGCUCAGACACCACGACAACGGCGGCUGUCCACUGAGUCUCCUACGGCAAUCCCGCUGCAUUUCUUCCGUCCACCAACGUCGCCUCGAGUCCGCCUAGAUUCAGUGUCUGGCAGUAGCCAGGCUGCAGCUGCUCCCCCAGAAUCUCCCACUCGACAGUCUCGACAUCGAAGGGGGAAGUCUACCGAAUUCAAGAAUUCGCGUGAAUUUCGACCCUUGUGGCUCGUAGAACGACAUGGUACUGCCAGGGCAGAGGCUGUGCCAGAUGAGCCGUUGCCAUCUCUUCCUUCUUCGAGGAGCACUUCCGCUGCCUCCGUUCCUGGAGAUGAUAAGGCGGAUGAGAUUUCUUGGGAGCCGGUCGACUUUCCUGGCUUGGCUAAAACUCCCCGGCGUCCAGAGGCAUUGGAAAUUCUCCCGAUACGUCACCGGCACCACUAUUCUGUGAAGGAAUCUGAGCCUGAGCAUGAAGAUGAACGCGAACCUGGCCAUGAAACUGAGCCCCGAGGCUCUCAGGAGGUAACCCCUACAGCAGCAACAUUUGGGGCGAUACCGCCUCUUUCCCUUUCUUCACCUACUGCUACUACUCCCACCACUGCUAGGGAGAAAAAGCCACGCUAUGAAUUGCAUUCUCCAUCUGAGUUACUCCACAAUCCAUUUGCUUUGGAGUUGACUGCACCGUCAGAAUUGAGAGAUCUUACCACCUAUGAAGAUCCGGGCGAGGCGGCACUCACUCAAACAGUGCCAGGUCCUAGCACCGCUGCAGAGAGUGUGAAGGACGAUAUCGAGCAAGUUGUCCAGCAUCUUCCACAUCCUGCAGAACAGCCUUUAGAGACUGAGGACCGCCAUGAGUUUGAUCUUAGGAAUCUGCCUCCCCUUCCCGACUCCCAGCCUUCUACACCUUUUGAAGAACAACAACCUACCACAGAGACUGUCAUAGAUGAGGGAGUAUCUACUCCACCCGAGACUGGCAUUUCAGAAAAUGUGGAAGUUGCUGGAACCGCAGCUGCUGAGGAUCCAGAAGAGACUAAGAACAAGGAGCAGUAUAGAUCACCUAUACUCGAAAGCCUUUCAUCAUCCUGGGAAGAAAUUCAUGAAUCCGAUAUAGAUGUGCCACCAACUGUUGAACAUGUUCCAUCUCCUAGAGACGAACAUGUUCCCUCGACCACUAGCGUUUUACUUCCUCUUCAAGAAGCCCCGGAGACGAUCAAGUCGGGCGUGCUAAUUGAGAGUUCCAAGUCUUGCGGUGUAGCUGUUGAGGAUCCCACCCGUUCUGUGGGCCUGCUUUCUUCAAGUGAGGGUCUGCGUGGCGCUGAUAAAGCAGAAAGCGAAGCCGAGUCGAAGGGCUACAUUGCUGGUCCUACUGCUGGAGGAGACGAGCAGGGGAAGGUCGAAGACAUAGAGGAAGUUCCUACUGGAACAGCAACGAUUUCUUCGGAGAAAGUAGAGGAAGUUCCCCAUGUUACUGAUGUGGUUCAUGAGGCAAUCUCUGAACAGGAUUCAGGACCGGUUACUGAGGAUAAGGAGAAGGCCCUUCCUGGUGAAAUCAAGGCACUACCUGAGGUGCCUGAUAUUUGUGAUACAAUUCAGGGGACAAUUGCUAGGUUGGAUUCAGAACCUGUUCCCGAGGUCAAAGAGAAAGCAUACCCUGAAGAAACUGAGAUGUUGCACCAUAUUCCUGAUACUGUUCAGAAUACAAUCCCUAGAUCGGAUCCAGAGCCGGUUCCUGAGGAGAAAGAGAAGGCGCUUUCUGAAGAGCUUUCUGCCGUUAUGCCUCCUACGCGGCGAUCUUCCAAGAAAAAGAAGAACAAAAACAAGAGAAUUCAAAGUCAGGAGCCCGUCAUUGCAGUACCAGAAGCAGAACCCGAACAAUUUACGACUGCUAUACUACCUUCUAAGACCAUCGAGGUAGCGAAGGAUAUUUCUGAACCUGUGCAGGAGGCAGGACCCAUUCCUACCGAAAUCGAAUGCAAAUUUGAUUCCGUUGAAGGUAUCCAGGACGAAACAAAACAAGAAAUCUCUAUCCAAGAAGCUGAUGCUGAGGGGGCAAGUACUGCAACUGCCAGUUCAUCGAAGAAGGCGAAACGAGACAAGAAGAAGAAGAAUCGAAAGAACAAGGGCGUUGUAGCUGACGAGCAGAAGGAAGAACCUAGCUCAGUGGAUGCAACCCAGGCUUCGCCGUCUGUCGCUGAGGCCACUCCUGAAGUUGAGACUCCACAAUCCGCAGACCUUACAGCAAUAUCUACCGGUACUACUAGUCAGCCCGUUGAAGAAGGGUUAAGGUCUGUUGUCGAGUCUACGCCAGCUACAUUGGGAGAGGAACGUGCUGGCCCUUCUGUAGAAGGAUUAGGUAAAUCUGGACGAGAGCCUUCAGAAGAGCCUCAGCAGUCUUUGCAGGAAAUCCCACAGGAGCCUGUCAUAGUGGAUGAAGCCCAUGCGUCCCAUGAGUUAGGAGAAGCUACUGAUCAGGUAGUGGAGGUUUCUGAAGAGACUCCGGCAAUCACUGAAGAGCCUAUUAAGCCUACUGGACUCGAGCAGCUUGAAGAAGCAGCUGGUGAUGAGCCAACGACGAUCUCUGAGGACACACUAGAACCAGUAGAAGAACAAUCUCUAAGGCUGGAUGAGCCGGAUUUGACUCCUGAACCACUUGCUGAAGCCACUGGUGAAUCACAGGAGAUCUCUGAAGAGGCUCCAUACCCAUCUGAAGACAAGCCACCUGGAGAUCUAGAGCAGGAUACGCCAUCAGAGCGACCUCCAGAAGCUACUGUGGAGGUCCAAGUUACUUCUGAUGAGAUCACUGACUCUAAAUCCAGUGAAGGGCCUUCAGGGCUGCUUCGGGAAGUAGGCCUCGAGCCUAGCAUAGAAGAAGCAGUUUCUACGUCUGAGAAGCCUACAGCAGAAGGGGAUAACCGGGAUACUGAAAGUCUAUCAAACUCCCGUGAACAUCCAGCACAACCACCUCCAGAGGAAAAGGAUGCCGUCUUGAAGUCCGAAGAACUAGCUGAGAGGACUGGUGGUAGAAUGGAUACUUCCGAAGACCCCGUGAAAUCUUCAGCAGAGGCUUCUCACGGGCCUACCGAGCAUCUCUCCACGACCCUCGAAGAGUCUCCUAUGCAAGAUGAGACAGCUGUGCCCUCCGAACCGACUCAAGCCACUGAAGACGUGGAGAAAGUACAUCAAGAGACUACCCAAACAGAGACAGCAGAGCACAUUAAACAAUCUCCAGAAUCUUCAGAGGACGUGCAACGCAGCGUGGAGAAUACUCCCACCAUGUCCGAAGAACAUCAAUAUCCUGAGGAAAUAGCUGAUGUUUCGAAAACGCCUUCUCAGUUUGUGCAGCAAACUACUUCGCCCAGUCAUGAACAAUCUGCGUUACCCGAAGAAGCGCACCACGUUGGGGAGGGCGCCGUGACUGAAGCUGCAGAGGGUGCGCAACCCUCUGGAGAGAACGUGGAGACCGCCAAAAAGACGAUUGAGCGUGCUACUGAUAUGGCAUCUUCUCAGCCCAUCGAGAUGUCUUUAAAGCCUUCCGAAGAAAUCUCACAUGUGCAAGCGGAGGUUAUGAUGUCCACCGAACCUGCACAGCCUUUCGAGGAAGCGCAUACUUUGAACGAGCCGGUUAUACCUCCUGAAUCUUCGGGGUCUUCAAGGGAACCUACAAUGGAAGGAGACCACCCGACACAGCCUGUUGAGGAGUCUGAUUCUCCAUCCAAGUUUCAUAACAUGCCGGGAUCUGUUCCGGCCUCUGAAUUCGAGGAGCAGGCCCCUGCGGUUGGAGUACAGGAUCAGAGCCCGCUUCCGACUGAAGAGCAGGCGCUGGAAUCCGAGCCUACCAAACUUGAGGUCCAGGGUGAGGAUCCAGUGCAUGCUUUAGAGGAACCCGAGCAGAAAACGAGCAUGGAAGAAAAUGCCCAAGUCGGAGGAGAGGAGGUUACUGAUACGAACCCCUCUUCUCUUAGCGGUGACGAGGGACUUCGAGAAAACACUGUGUUUGCGACGACUGAGAGUCCUAAAAUCGGAGAGCCGAAGGAUUUCACUACGUCUGACCAGGACACUUCAGAUGAGAAUAAGACCGAGGCAGAAGUCGCAGUUACGAUGGCCCCGGAAGUCGUCGAACACAAACAAGAGUCGUCUACGGAACCGUCUACAGAUUUUUCUACGGAUCUUGGAACGCAAGAGAAACCUACGCCGGAGUCUGAUGUGGACAGGGGAGCCGAUCCUCAAGCAACGGAUGUGCCUUCGGGCGUGAUAGAGCAGGCAGAGAUGGUUCCGGAGGAUCAGCCAAAGAAGAAGGACAAGAAGGCGAAAAAGAAGAAGAAGAAGGGCAAAUCGUCUAUUUCCCAGAACGAGCCUGAGCCGAAAACUGAGACUUCAGGCGAUGUCGACAGCGAAACCGCGCAAACAGGCGGUGAAGAAUCGACAGCUGUUAGGACAGAUUCAGAGAAGACUCGGAAUGUCCUCCAAGAAACGGGUUCAAGUGACGAUGUCCCGGCCAAGGACGUUGAGUUUGCGCCGCUAGAAACCGUCGAUCCUUCGACUGCUCUUGUGGAGAAAGAUGAGACCAAUGACAAUUCACCACAUGUGGCCAGCGAAGCUAUUACGAGUCUCGGUCCUAAUUCUGCUGAUCCUCAGGGAGCCAGGCCAACGAGCAACAAGGAUGCAAAGGACGAGGGAAGCAAAAAAAGAACACCUAGCGCAGAUGAAGCCGAAGCCAUCCGUGCCGCUUCUCGGGGACCUUCCUUUGCUUUGGCUCAAGAACCUUCCGAGCCAGUCAAUGAGUUGUCAGCUGAAGCAGACAUCCUUGUUGGUUCGGAGAAAGUCUCCUCUGGCUUGGACAAAGAACAAGGACUAACAAAGGUGGAAGUGCCAUCCGAGAACGAGCCGCAGAUGGAUAUUAAGCCCGAAGCCCCAGAUACUCAAGCUGCGGAGGUGGAGGAAGUCCCAAUGACUCCUGCACAAAAGAGAAAGGCAAAGAAGGAAAGACAGAAGCAGAGGAAGCGUCAGACCUCUUCAGUGGAUCAACUAUCUAGCCAAGAAACUGCCAGAUCAGAAGGCGACUCGGCACCUGUCGAUGGGGCGUCCUCUGCGCAGGAGACUGCGAUAGUGGCUGAUACUGCAAGUGAGCAGUUACCAAUGGCAAGGAAGGGAAGUGCGCCAGUGCAAGCCGAAGAAGGCGCUAGAGAAGCUCCAGAAGACGAUGUAUCUCCCACCAGCGAGCCCUCCAUUGUGAAGAGUGCAAGCAAAGAAGAAGAUAUCAUGACUGAUAAUCAGACUCAAGAAAAGGUGGAAACUGGCGAAACUCCCAAAGAUGAUCCCGAUCUCGGCAGUGAGCCUUUUGUUCCAGAAGUCAAGGAAGAUGAUGUGGCUACAACUGAAGACGUGGUGACAGCAGAGACAGAGGAGAUCCAAGUGGAGACGGAGAAACCCACCGAAGAGACUAAACCUGCGAAGUCCAACAAAAAGAAAAAUAAGAAAAAGAAGCGCCGGCAGUCCAUAGAUGAGGUGCAAUCUCUUACUGUGAAAGAGUCGGAGAUCCCAUCUUCCUCACCAGAACCUACUGCUACUGCCGAGGGUACAACUGUCGUAGCUGACAUUGAUGUCGCUCAAGCCCAAAGAGAUGCUAUUGCAGAAGAGCCUACUCAAGAAGGCCAAGCUGGCGAACAGGACGAGAUAGCAACAACUGGGCCUACAGAAGAAAUUCAGCCUGCGGCCUCCGAGGAGAAGGCUGAAGUUGAUAAAGUAAAGAAACGCAAGUCUGUCUUUUGGGCGGACGAAGAUAUCCUAGCACAGAGUAAUGAACCAGUGAUACCCGCACCAGAAGCCGAAGACAAGACGCAGCAGGCAGAAGCACCGGAGUCCCAAGAGACUGCCCUCACAGUUGCUGAACAGGAUGAAUCAGCGACUCCGGCAGAAGCUGUUGAGCCUCUACAUGAAUCUGCAAGAGAGGCGCUGCUAGACAUCUCUACGGAGUCUCUCCCAAUGGAAACGGAAUCUGGCGCCCUACAAUCAGAACAUGGCACAUCUCUGGAGUCGACGAAGGAGCAGGAAACUGGCAGUGCCGAAUUUCAUAAGGCGGAAGAAGAAGAAAAGACCCAGGAUACUGGAUCACCGAAGGGAGAGGCCAACACACCAUUUGAACCAGAGAUAACGACCUCCGUCCAAAAUGAUGAACAGGUCGAGCCCCCUACUGAGUCCCCCGGAGCAGAUAAGCUUUCCACUGGCCCAGAUAUCCAACCAUCGAUUGACGAUGCAGAUCAGGCGCCCGUGUCUUCAAAGUCGAAGAAGAAAAAGAACAAGAAGAAUAAGAAGAAACAGAAGGCCUUGGAAUCUGAAGAAAAAACGCCAGCCGUCACCCCCGUUCCCGCUAGUGAUGCCCAGAUAGAGUCUGACAAGGAUUCUGAGUCAAAGCCCUCUGUAAUGGAAGAGCAGCCAGUCGAAGAGUCUCGGAAUUCGGGCAGGUCUAAUGAAGAAGAAGAUGGGUUCAUCUCAGCUGAAGAUACUAGAGAUCCCGAGGAGGGACAAGCCCGUCAACUGCCAAGUCCGAGCAUUGAUGCCAUUGCAGCAGCAGCAAUUUCCUCUCCGGAAACUGCUUCGAAAGAACCCAACAAGGGCUCUCCGGUGGAAAGUCCUUCUGCUGAGCAGGCUUUUCACGAUGUGGCUGAAGAUCGAUCUUCGAUUGAAGCAGAGCAAAUGGAUGAACCUGUUCAGGAGCCGGAAAACCGAACUGCCGACAACGAUGCACCCAUCGAUGCGAUUCCUACUUUGGACGCGACCUCACAUGAGCCUGAAGAAGGAUCGACAAAGAGAGAGGGUAUCGCUGCCGAACAAGCUGCCCAUGAAGCGUCAGAAGACCUCCCAUCGAUUGAAGAAAAGGUCCCAGAAACUGAACUCGAUACAGCAGUCGAACCUCAUGAAAAUGAUCCAAACGCAAGUCAGUUACAUGGAAUAGGAGAAGACAUUGGAGGGGAAUCGGAAUUAGUUUGGGCUGAUAAGAAAAUAUCAUCGCAGGUAGAACACCAGCACGAAGAGCCUCCUUCUUUAGCCUAUUCUCCCAGUUUCGCGGCCCAUUUCGUUCCUGAUCAUUCUAUAGAAAAGGCAAGUCCUAUUUCAUCCAGCGAAGAGAAAGAGGGAAAGUCACCUGAGGUAGAAGAGGCAAGACUUGCAAGUGAAGUGGAUAGGCCGAUUCAAAAUGAGCCGGAGGCACCAGUUGAAGAAGACAGAGCAGCUGAAUCUGAAUUACAUGAGGAUGUCUCCAAAUAUGGAAAAAAUGAUCAGCUUGAGGCAAGUCCAUUAAACGAGGGAACGGAAACCACGCAAGAAUGGGUCGAAGGAGGCUUAAUUUCCGAAGGUUCAAUGUCAGCGCUCCCGACCGAUACAACUGAACAGCAGGAGAGCAAGGACCAGAGCACGGACGUUAUAAUGGAAGGUGAGCCAGCUGCGACGGAGGCUUCAGUCGAAGCCGAUGAUCCUGGCGUUGCCGACACUUCGAAGUCUGAGGAACCUCUCAUGCCGGAAAAAGAGGGCUCUUCUAAGGGAAAGAAAAAGAAAAAGGCCAAAAAACAAAAGCAGCAAGAAAGGGCGGCGAGCAAGGUUCAGAACGACAAGCCUUUAACUGAAAAUACACCCGAGGCACCCGAGGAACUUCCUACUAGCACAGUUGAGUCCCAGGCCCCGGUUAUCGAAACUGAAGUAGCGGCAGCUCCUGGUGAGCAUAUUCAAGUUUCUCAGAGCAACGAAAAUGUACCUGCUGCGAAAGACCUGAGAGAGAGCGAGGGUCCAAAGGAACCCUCGAACACGGACGUGAAUCCAGAUACGAUGGUCUCCGAGUCGACAAUGUCAUUUAUGAAGAAGAGGAAGAAUGACAAAAAGAAAAAGAAGGGCCUCUCUCUUGCACAGGAAACGGAGACCGAAACGGCUCCAGAAGAACAACUGCCGACGGCUGAACCAGAAGUGGCCCCUGCGCCUACCGCCGAAGAUGUAAGUAGCACUGCUCGAUCAGCGUCCCAGGAGGAAGAAGUCGCCCAUUCUGAACCCGAUCUACCAACCCGUUCACCUUCUAGAGAUAUCGUCCCUAACGUCUCAAAAGAGACGGUUGAGUUACAGUCAACACCUAGGGAGCCAGAUCUUCCCUCCGAGAGAGCUGCAGAAGAACUAGUUGCGGCUCUGGCCGAUGACACAGAAGUAGAGCCUGAAUCUAAUGAAGCAUCGGCCGUCGUUGAUGUGACUGGAGAACCUCAAGUGCACGCGGAUGCAGAGGUGACUACAUCUGAGGAGCCAAAAGUCGAUGAAGCAGUCACUGGUGAUAAAGAUGAGGUGUCAAAAGAACGUUCACCUGCUAAGGUCAAGACAACGGAAGAGAUGGAUACUACUGAGAAACCUUCCAGCGACAAAAAGGACGAAGAGAAGUCUCCGGAUAGCCCAAAAGAAUCAAUAGUCCUACCUACAGAAACUCAUGAGUCUGAGCUUGAAGCUGGCGCCGACACUGCACAAAGUCUUUUUCGAAAAUCAGAAGAAAAUCCUAUUAGUGCCCCUGAAGAGAAACCAGAGGAAGUUCUGGGGCAAACAGAGCAUUCUGUCUCAGCUGAGUUUGAGCCCCGGUCACCGUCAGGAGGGGAGGGCAUGGAGACCGGAGCUCCAAUGGACGAAACUGCUGCUCAAGAACAAACGGAAUCAGAUAUAGCCUACGGCAGCCCUUCGGUCAAAGACAUUAAGCAGGAGAAGCCAGUCUCAGAUGAUGCCGAACAGAAAGAAGAACCAGAGCCAGCAACCAAGUCGGAAUCAUUUGAAAUGCAAUCAUCCGAUCCGGAAGGAGCUAUGGAGAGAUUAGAGCCAGCUUCUCAAAAACAGUCUCUUUCUGAGAUACGAUCCGGCGAACCAAAAGCAGAAAAGCAAGAGGACAAAGAGAACACUGACGCGGAACAACAAACAACUUGGAAAGUUAGUGAGCCGUUAGACAUAAACCCUCUUGAACAAGACGGCAACAAUGACGGACAAGACAAUGAGCUCCGGUAUCUGCAAAAGACACAGCCGGGCUCAAAGGACGAUGAUUCAUGGCCUUCGAUUGAUUGGGAGAAGCCUGACUUCGAUCCAUCCAAGCUUGAAACGUCUGACCGAGAAUCACCGACAACCAAGCCCAUAACAACGCCUGGAGUGGAAAUCAUUGAGGAAUUUGAUGAGUCUGUUAUGCCAGAUGUGCUGAGUGGGCCAACAGACGUCCAGGAGGGUUUGGCGGAAGAAACAGCCUCCCCUGUGGCAUCUCCGAGCAAGAAGGACAAAAAGACUUCACAGCAGAAGAACAUUGAAGGACAAUCUACGGAGAUACCUAAAAUGUCCCAAGAGCUGGUCGGCACUCUUCAACAAACGCCUGGUGAAGCGAUGGAAGGUAUAUCUACUUCAGACAAAGGUCCUGAUCUAGAAACCAUGGUGGAACCCCAGACAACAGUUGAAGCGGACCGCAGACUAAGUAGAGAACCCGUUUCAAAUCAAGAUGCGGACUGGGAAAUCGUUUCAGCCCCAGCAUCAAGCCCCGAAGAUGUCGGGAUCUCUUCAUCUGAUAAUCUAAAGGGCAAGGAAGAAGACGUUCGCUACAAAGAGGUCAGCUUUGAUAUGCCUGAGGGAUCUUCUGUAGAACGUGCUCUGGGGGGACCUUCAAAAAACGAUUAUGCCGAGGAAAAGGUAUCUGAGGAUAUCUUGGAGGCGUCCAUUACAGCAAGGAAAACCACAAACAAUAACUACAUUCUCAGCCCUACAAGUUCCAUGCAUGAUAGCACUCCGGAAGGGCCCGUAUCUACAUCACUACACGACAGUUCACCUAUGAAGCUGCCGACGCCGACUAUGCCGGCUGGGAAAGAGACCGGGACCGCACCUCUGGACCUGGCAAUUGACGUCGAAGUCGAUCCUUCCUUCGACGUAUCCGUGCGAGCUGAUCGACCGGGUGAAGAGACAAGAUCAGUCGAGAUCCAUUGGAAAGACACGGACAAGGGUGAGGAAUAUGACAGUGCGACAGUCGAACGAGAAAUCCCGUGUCACAGUGAUGAUGUAUCGAAACCAGCAGACCCAGGACAAACUUCAGACUCGCGACAAUCGGCCCCAAGCGAGGUCUACGAUUUGAAACCAAGGGAGUUACAGCCAGAGUCCUCCGGAGAGCUGAGCCCAUCGCCGUCAACCCAGGAGCAGCCGGCUCCCUCCGCUUCAGAGGAUACACUCACCCAGAAACAACCGGGUUCGAUUUUCGGAGGGCCUGUUGGAGAUCCGGUACCCAUGUCUCCGCCGCAGACUCCCGUGCGUGCACGGGGGUUAGGUGUACUACAGGGAUCUGAGAGUAUGGCCAUUCCCCAAGACAGCAUGAUGCCUCAGCUGGGGAUGAAGCCCGAACAGACCUUUCCACCACCGGAGACAUCAUGGAGCAAACCUUCCGACGAUGUCGCCCGACACUCUCAUGAAAAGGACGAGGGCCCCUUUCUCGGGGCGGACUCUAAAGAUGGUGGCAGGCUUAAGGCACGGCGGUCGAUGGGCGGUUGGCCCUCCGAGAUGCUGAAAACGCCGGAGCAGGACAUACCCAUUCUCCGACCAAGCAGCGCUGGGAGUAUAGGCAGCGUGGGCAGCGUGCAUAGCACAGACAGCGUGCCUUCGUUGAAGCGCAGGCCAGGAGGAGAUCUGCGGGCGGCCAGCCGGCUCGGCAAGCCUCAGCGGCGCCACACCCAGCCUCCCCUCGACGACGUCGACAUUGAACGCAUCGCAUCCUCUUCCUCCUACGACCCCGUCACCGACAAGGGCAAGCGCCCCGUCCGAGGAAUGACGGAUGUAUAUGAGGCAUGGGGGGAGACGCCCGCUCAGCCCCGGUCGCCCACCCGACCGCCGAGCGUCCGCCACCGUCGGAGCAUGCAACAUCUACAAGAACUCGAAUCCAAACUCGAUCAACUCAUUUCUGAAAAUCGAUUACUCAUGGCUGCGCGAGAUGCUGCCGAAAAGAAGCUUAAGACUGCUAGUGUCGCCCGUCGCAAGAGCGACCAGGCCCUUUACACGUCUACCGCUGACCUGCGAGACAAAGAAGCUGAGGUGGAACAGCUGAGGAACUCAGUAGAAUGGCUCCAGAAGGAAGUGUUGCGGUUGACAGAGGAGAACGAGCGAUUGGCUGUGACAAAUGCAGACCUCGCCGCUGCCCACGGAGAAGAACUCAAGACCGUUCGCGAGAGCUCGGCACACGAACUCGACAAAUUGCGCUCGGAAAACGAAAAGCUGUCUACUGGUAUGAACGACAUUGUGCGACGCGAGGUCGACGCGGCUCUGUUUGAGAAGAAUUCUGAACUGCGGCGACUACGUGAGCAGCUAGAGACGACACGGGAGAAGGUGCGAGAGCUGCAGCAGCAGAUCGCUUCUUCGCUUCACGAUAAUGUUCUCGCCUUUCGUGAUCAGGAAUACUUUGAGGCUGCGUGCCAGAAGUUAUGUGGCCAUGUACAACAAUGGGUUCUACGGUUCUCCAAGUACUCCGACCAUCGUCGGUGCCGCAGGCUGAGUGACCUUCAUGACGAGAAGCUGGCCGAUCGCUUUGACAAUACCAUCCUCGAUGGCACCGACGUCGAGAUCUACCUUGCCGACCGGGUUCUCCGGCGCAAUGUCUUCAUGUCGGUGGUCAUGACCCUGUUGUGGGAGUACAUCUUCACACGGUAUCUAUUUGGCAUGGAUCGUGAGCAACGACAGAAGCUGAAGGCUUUGGAGAAGCAGUUAAGUGAAGUUGGCCCGCGUAGCGCCGUCCUCCGUUGGCGCGCUACGACACUCGCACUACUGGCGAGGCGGGCUUCCUUUACAAGACAACGUCAAAAUGAUACUGAGGCUGUCGCACUGGAGAUAUUUGAAUCCCUAUCUCGCCUGCUGCCGCCACCUUCCCAAUUUGAGUCUCAGCUUUUGGAGUCGCUGCGCAAGGUGCUACGGGUAGCCGUCGACUUGUCCAUAGAGAUGCGAACCCAAUUGGCCGAAUACAUCAUGCUGCCGCCGCAGCAGCCAGAAUACGACAUCAAUGGCGAUUUGGCCCGUCAUGUGCACUUCAACGCCUCGCUGAUGAACGAGAGGAGCGGGGAGACCAGGUCGAACGAAGAACUGGAGGCACAACGCGCAAAGGUGCGCAUUGUGCUCUUCCCACUGGUGAUCAGAAAGGGAAACGAUUUCGGGGAAGGGGAAGAUGAGGAUGUCGUCUGUCCGGCGCAGGUGUUGGUGGCUCGUCCUCAUAUGGACAAGCGGGUGGCCAAGAUGAUGAGCAGUGACCGAAUGUCCUUGGAUACGGCCAAGUCGGCCCAUAGCACUGCUCCACCAUCGACCAUGGACAUGAUUUGA